AUGUUAGCCAGAACUGCACAUCGCCUCCGCCCAUUUCGACCCCCACCUACCCUUUCCUCUCUUCUCACCCACUCAUAUCUCUCUUCUUCCUUCUUAUCAUCAUCUUCUUCCAUCUUUUCUACGCCCUUUCUCUUCCAGCGACGGAAACACGGCGGGGAAGGCAGCGGCGACCGUGAGCGGCCACUCACCAUUCACGUUCAUUUCCCAGACAACACCACACGUACACUCACCGCCUACGAUGGACAGUCAAUUCUCGAUGUGGCUGCCGAACAAGGACUGCCGAUAGAAGGCGCCUGUGGUGGAUGCUGCGCCUGCUCUACCUGCCAUGUAUAUCUAGAUGAGAAGGCAAACGCCGAUGAACUCUUUGAAGAACCAACAGAAGCAGAAAACGACAUGCUGGAUCAAGCCUUCUUUGUACAGCCAAACUCACGUCUUGGUUGUCAGCUUAUACUGCGACAGGAUAAACAUGAUGGAUUGCACUUUACACUUCCACGGGCCACACGCAAUAUGUACGUGGAUGGACACACUGUCAAACCUCACUAA